UGAAUCGAGCGACGAAUCAACAAAUUAGGGGUUGUCCUGGUCGCGCGCGAGUGUUUUCCACAGCGUCUCUGUGUGUGUGUGUGUGUGUGCGUGUGUGUCUGGUACACGGGAACGAUUCGGGGAUGCCUAUUAAUCAAUUUUAAAUAAACUAUAUAGAAUGUAAUAAUUAUAGCCCACAUUUUUUUGUUUUUUUUUGCUUGCGCUGUGUGUGUGUGGGUGUGUGUUUGUGUCGUGGCCAAUUGAAUCACCUGAUGGUGAAAACAUGACCUAAUUCCGUUCAGCAUCCUGGCCAGCUUAGUGAGGACCAGAACCUGAACCUGAACCGCGCUUAGAAAACCACCCCCGGGAACCUUAACCCUCGAACACCGAACGUCUCACCCUUAACCCUUAGCUGGAGCACUUGCCUGGCUUCCUGCUUCCGCAUUCUAAUUAGAUUGCAAUCAUUUCACAAUUUGAUUGUCAGCCGAUGAUGAUGAUGAACACCAACCCCCCAAACCACUUACCACUUGCAGUGCCAACCAGCUCCACGGACCACGCCCCCUAAGCGCCUGUCCGCCCGCCCACCAAUCUGUCAGCCUGCCAAUCUGCCAUUCCGCCAACCCGCCAACCCGCCAGCCCGCCAGCCGGAAUGGAGCAGCUGUGCUACCUGGCGCUGAGCGUCCUGCUGGCCAUCAUCGUGGCCUACGGACUCCUGGAACUGCACUACUUCCUGCGCAUGUGCCUCUGUGUCCUGCUCGCCCGGUUCGUGAAGAGGCGCUGCCACAUCCUGGACACCACCACGGUUAACGGACUCUGCCUCACCAACGACGUGGACACUUUGCUGUACCACAUGAACAACGCUCGCUACUUCCGCGAGCUGGACUUCGCGCGUGUCGACUUUUACGAGCGGACCAAUCUGUACCGCACCAUUACGGGAAUGGGCGGUUCCGUUUUCCAGGGGGCGGCCACCAUACGCUACCGCCGCUUCAUCCGCCCCUUUCAUCGCUUCAACAUUAUUUCGCGGAUCAUUUACUGGGACGAGCAGUCGCUCUUUAUGGAGCACCGAUUUGUGCGGCCGUCGGACAAGUUCGUGCACUGCAUCGCCAUCUGUCGGCAGCGGGUGAUCGACGUGUCCAUGGAGGCGGUGAUGUCCGAACUGCUGCCCAGGACCUCCUCCAACGGAUUCCGGGCGACGGUGCUGCCCUCGCUGGCUGCUCCCUCGCCGCCGACUGGUGGUAUAAGCAAUCUUGCGAUGGACACUUCGCUGGCGGAGAACGGACAUGGGACGACGAGCGGGGGGGAGGCGGGCACAGGUGCCACGCCCACCACGACCACGGCGCACUGCCUCAAGCUAAAGCCCUCGCUGCCGCCAGAGUUGGCCAAGUGGAUCGAGUACAAUGACAUGUCGAGCAAGAAUCUACGCAGCGGCUGCUGACUGGAAUCCUUGGAGUCGCCGGAAGCGGAUGCGGAUGCGCAACCGGAAAUGGAAACGCCCAUUAAUACACGUUUUUUUUUCUGUCUCGCGUGCUUGUGUGUGUGAGUGUGCGUGCUAAAGUGUGCUAAUGUUUAAUGUCUAAGUGUGCACGUGAAACGUUUGUAUUGUAAGCUACGUAAGGGUCUGUAAAACAAAUAAGAAAUACCCGCCCUCUUUUUGGCCUUAACUAAUGUAUUGUAUAAUUAACCAGAGAUCAGAGCCACGCCCCCCACCCCCCUGAACAAUGAACUAAGGUAAAAACAAAACUCCUUGGUAGUCCACAGUGUGUAAGCUAUGAUGUACAAUGAUUGUUUAGUAAAUGAACAAACUAAUCUGAAAAAAGACGCAACUAAAUGAGUGAUUUUCUUGGCCCUUUGCUUUGGCGCCUAAAAGCAGGCUAUACUUUGUCAC